UUAAAUACUUUUUGGCGGGAUAAAUUCAGCACCAGAAAGUUUUCUUCUUGAAUGAGACUUAAGUAUUUAGAAAGAAGAAAAAGUCUUCUAUAUAUGGAUCUAGUUCUAGUGUAGACCAUCCACGGAAUGAAUGAAACGAAUUUUAUGGCUUUAGUUUAGCGAUGUCUCGUUUAAUGCAUGGAAAGAAGGAUUCUAAAUAUAUCCACGAGGCGUUUACAUUUUAAUCCACACUUUUCACUUUUUUAACUUGAGAUAUCACCACGCAUGACUGAUAGGUUCGGGUUCAAGUCCCCAGGCUGAUACAGCAUCUCGAAAUGGAUACCAUUGUGGCGUCCAUGCGGCAAUGGGCAGACACGAAACCGGAAGUGGUGGUCUUUACUUUCGUCAACAAGCAUGGCGUCACUAGUGAGUACACUCCACGUGCUGUGUAUGAGAAGGCCGGGAGGUUUGCAUCCCGCUUACGACGGUACGGCUUUAGAAAAGGGGACGUUAUAGCCAACGGGCUCCCGAACUCGCCAGAAAGACUUGUGACAGACAUGGGGAUUAUCAUGGCAGGGUGUGUCAUGGUCAACGCUCAGGUUUGUGAAGUUGACGGCUCUGAUUUCUUCCUCACCGCCAACAACUCUAACUGUAAAGGAGUUAUUCUCUACAAGAAGAACAAUAAUGCGAUGUUCAAGUUGUUUGAGCCUCUCAUUGGUCAGAACUGUGCAGAGUACACUGAGGUCUUCGUGCAACAGGCACCCUCUCUGACAAAACUGCUGCUCUGUUCCCGUGUGGAGGGAGAUCUGACUCCACUGCUGCAAGAUCUGGGGCAGGAUGAGAUCUUUUCUGACGCAGAGACGUCGCCAAGUGACUUGGCUGUUUUGUUCACCACUUCAGGAACGUCCGGGUUCUCCAAGCUGGUGCCCAGGACGCACGAGCAGAUACUGCAAGCUGGCAGGUCUUUUGAAGGCGGCAACGUAAAAUACUACUCUGACCGACCGUUUGGCUGGAUGGGAGGAUUCCCGUUCGACUAUAUAGUUAGAUGCUCCCAUAGGGUUCUUCAGGACAAAUUAACGGACGACUUUGCAGAGACCAGUACAGACAUAUGGGACGUGAUCAGCAGAGAGCAGUGUACUGGCGCCGCCAUGCUACCCAUUGCUAUACUGGACCUUAUCCACACCUACACAACAUCAAAGCCCUCCUACAAGAUUCCCUUCAUAGUGACCGGUGGUCAGCCGAUUACAAGGAAUCUCUCACCUGCAGUAGGAUUACUUACAGAUGCCUUGGUAGUAACAUACUCCUCAACGGAGUGUGCUAUGGUCAGCGUCGGAGUUGUCACCUCCGCUGACCAAAUGAAAGACAACUUUGUUGGUAAACCUGGUAAAGACAUCUCGUUGACCAUAGUGGACGACAGCAAUAACCCGGUAGCCACCAACGAGCAAGGGCUUAUUUUACUUAAGUCGCCUUUCAUCCUGACCAACUACCUCCCAGCAGUUGCGAGCAGCUCUAUCUUCACCCCAGACGGGUACUUCAUUACAGGCGACCGUGGCAUGCUGGACGAGUCUGGAAACCUGUUCUGUUUCGGCCGCGCUGGCGAUGUCAUAUCUCAGGGACCUCUCCUUGUAUACACCAGUUGGCCUGAGAAGGUUUUAUCAAAGUGUCCGGACGUGGCAGACGUAGUGGUUCUGGUUAUGUCGGUUACGGACAAUGCCGCCGGUUUUUACGCAUGCGUGGUGCCCAAACCAGGUUCUACUGUCACCAAAGAAUCUUUGAUGGACUUUUACACAUCUUCUUUCAUGACCUCAACCACGUCGGAGAAAUUUAAACCGGAGCUGGCAGACAUUUUUCUUUUUGAGCGAUUUCCCCAGACAUUUACAGGGAAGGUUAACAAACCUCGACUGAAGGACCUUGUUCUACAACAGCUAUGUGUUAACAGCACAGCUAUAGCAUAAAUAUUUAUAAAAACUUUUUUUUCAUCAGAAGCUCGACUUAGAGAGAGAAAGAGAGAGGGAUAUAUAAAUACUUAUCUUAUCUUAUAUAAUACAGACGUUACACCGAAAAAGAAGAGAGAGAGAGAGAGAGAGAGAGAUAUAGAUAGAUAGAUAUACUAUAAAGUAGAUAGUAAGGCGUAUGAAUGUAUGUAUGUAUGUAUGUAUGUAUGUAUGUAUGUAUGUAUGUAUGUAUGUAUGUAUAUAUAUAUAUAUAUUACUUUUUUAUGUUUAGGACAGUUUAUCUCAGAUACGGACAAUGUUAGGGACACUGAGUUCAAUUUAAGCAAUAACCAUUGUCGUGGACACCGACGUACAUACCGAUGUUUAGCCUGGCCGAGUUCGCAGGGCUAAAGUUAUAGUUUUAUGCUUUUAACUACAAAUUAAAUUACAAUGCUCGGAACACAGUA